AUGGCGAAUAUACACAAUGGCUUCUUCAAGCUAAUGAACAGUUACUAUGGUUACAACACAGCACAAUUAUUCAAAGUGUAUGCACAACUCAACAGAAAGUUAUGUAACAUGAGCAUCCGUAAGUACUUUCUCGUUCAAUGUCGUAAAACUGGAUUAUUCCCGAACCACAUAGUGAACUCUCUAAAAUGCAUACACCCACUUUUGGAAGAACGCAGUCCGUACACCCAUAAACUACAACGAACAACCGAACGUUUUAAAAAAUCAAUUUUAAAUAUCGAGAUCAAACAGACUUUUUUCAAAAUUAAGUGUUUACAUCGAGAACUGGACCAACUACAACAACAGCUGACACAAGCUACAAAUAGCACUCUAGCGACACAGUUUAUUGCAACACAGAAUCAGUCAGUUGUACAUCGGACGAAAACACUCCAACGCACAACAGGUCGUAAGCUGAAGAAAUUAAUUAAAGAAAAAACAGCAACACCUGACAGUCCUACGCCUACACUCAACCCAAAAGCCAUACUAAAUGCUACCAAUGUAACGAUUCCCGAAGAUACCAUCACACUACUCAGUCUGGGAAAAAAGUUUUCCAUGCCAAUCACAAAUACCAACACAAUUCCGUUUUACCACAUGCUUGCCGACAUUGAAUCUAUACUACGCACUUCUCCAAACCAAGCCAUUCAAGAUCGCAACAGAUGUCUAGUUGCAACACAUAUCCAAAACUAUAUAUCGAAAUUAGUACACCGCCAAAUAGACACUCCACUCCAUACGUUCUGCAAAAAAGCAUCCAGUAUUACCAAAAAGUUCAUUAACGACAAUCAAGAUAUCUGCAUUAUAGAAGCCGAUAAAGGAAACAGGACUGUAAUAAUGUAUAAACAAGAUCACGAUAGGAAGAUGCACGAAUUACUAGAUAAACCUACAUAUCAGAAAACAUCCAGAGAUCCCACACCAUCCAUCCAACGACAAAACAACAUGCAUAUUAUUAGGUUACUGAAUCUCAAGCUCAUCGACAAUAGUACAGCAACACGUUUAAAAUCUACCACCGCUAUCUGUCCACAAAUAUACGGGCAGCCCAAAGCCCAUAAACCCGAUCUACCUUUACGUCCGGUAGUACCAAACAUCACAGCACCAACAUACCAACUAUCAAAAUAUCUAGCCAGCAUAUUACAAAGAUCCACACACAGCGAGUUCAACGUUUCCGACAGUUUCCAAUUCAUUACAAACAUAAAGCAAAUCACUCUACCACCAAACUAUGUCUUAGUUUCGUUUGACGUAGUCUCUCUUUUUACGAACAUACCAUUAGACUUAGUCAUCCACGACAUCAUAAUGGAUUGGAAUAAUAUCAAAGCAUACACCAAUAUAAACUUGGAUUUAUUUUUGGAAUUAAUAGAGUUUUGCGUAAAAAGUAGUUAUUUUCGGUUCCAAGACAAAUACUACAUGCAAACUUUCGGUACAGCUAUGGGAAGUCCGCUGUCACCCAUCCUGGCAAAUAUAGUUAUGGACAAUCUACUACACACAGUGACCAAACAGUUGCCAUUCAACAUUCCUAUCGUUCGUAAAUACGUUGAUGAUCUAUUCUUGGCUCUACCCAAAGAUCAAAUACAGUACACCAUGGAUACUUUUAACGCAUACAACUCUUACUUACAAUUCACCAAAGAAGACGAAAAUAACAAUCAACUCCCAUUCUUGGAUGUAAUGAUUACAAGAAAUUCCGAUCAAACAUUAUGCACCCGAUGGUACGCAAAACCAAUAGCAUCUGGCAGACUUUUAAAUUAUCACUCGUUUCACCCACUAACGGUUAAAAUGAAUGUCGCUCAUAACUUCAUAAAGCGGGUUAUGUGCCUCACUACGGAUAACAACGUGGAUACGCAAAACAUAAUUUUCCAACAUCUUAGAAGGAACAACUACCCAUCGAAACUUAUAAACAGAAUUAUCCAUAGGAAUAAGCACCAACGUUACAGCCUAGCAGAAAACGCCCCAACGGCGAGGAACUCACCAAAUAGUACCGAGCAAAAUUCAAUUACAACCAAUAGCACAGACCAAAUUACCAUACGCACCGACCCACCGAUAUACAGAUCACUUCCAUACAUAACAUCACUCUCACCAGCCAUAAUUAACACCCUCAAAACUGAUUAUGAUAACAUUACAAUUUCAACUAAACCGAUCAACACGAUAGCUAGAAUUUUACCAAAUAUAAAACAACCAAUUGAUCUGCUAUCACAGUUUAAUGUUAUAUAUAGUCUUCCAUGCGAAAACUGCAAGAUGAAUUACAUAGGCAUGACUCGUAAUCAUCUAAAAACAAGAUUAUACGGUCACAAAUCAAAUAUCAAUCAGUACGAUAAACUAAAAAGUGAUGGUGCAGUCAACACCGACGAACGGAUGAUCGCUCUAGGGAAAAAACUGCGCUCAUUAAACAUAUGGUCACUCAUAAUCAUACAUUUGAUCUCAAGAGUGUUAAAAUCAUAG